AUGCACUUUUCCGGUUACCUACAACCUUUUUCUGUCAAAUGGACUCGACUUUUCUUCUUUCUUAAAAAUUUCUUCACGAUCUAUGAAACAAAAUACAUUCGACGGUCGAAAUUAGUUAUCGAUCCUGUCAAGCCUGAAGACGCGGUCACUUUCACAUGCAUCAACGACGUUGAUUCGUCGAAAAAUGUUACCAUCAAAUUGAAUGUUGGAGUUCCAUAUUCGACAACUCAGACAACAUCGACAGCAUCGCAGCCGUUACGGUCAUGGACGAAAAACAUUCUAUUAAUUUUCAUUGUUUACACUCUGUGUAAAAUCUUUCUCUUUUCCUCACUUCUUUUUUCUCUUCAUUAUUUUUCUACUUUUUGGCUUUUCUUUUCCCCUCCUUCUUUUUCUUUCCCUCUUUUUCUACCUUUCUCCUCACUCUCUCUUUCUCUUUCUCCUUCUUCCUCGUUUUCUCUCUCCCCCCUCUCUCUCUCUCUCUCUUUAUUUUUCUUUCUCUAA